UUCACACAUUCCUCUCUCCCCCGUCAAAAGUCAUCAUCAUGAGGACCGCUACCUUCUUCGCCUUCUUCAUGGCCAUGUUCGUCAUGUUCUGCAGCGCCUUCGCCUCGGCCGAGACCGCUCUUAAGAAGCGUCCCCCUGCGUCCGAUGUCGCUUUUAAUACCGUCACCACCCAAAUGACCAAGGUUUACAGCGACAUUCUUGUCGAGGCCUUUGCUAAUUCCUGCACCGAUGCCAAAAUUGCCACUGCUAUCAAGACCCACCUCAAAACUGUGGUCACUAUCUUCGGCAUUAAAACCGGUACCAACGUUAAGUUAAAUGCUGAUAUCCAGGCCAAAGUCAAGGUUGCUUUUGAGGCUGUUCUCGCUGCUGCGAUCAAAGACGAGUUCACCCUCAAAUUUAAGUACAGCCUUACUGCCUUCAUCGUCAGGCAAUGCCCCAAGAAGGAUGCCGCCUGCAUUAGGCGCAAUGCCAAGAAGAUCGUCAAGAUGGCUGCCAAGUUGACUGUCGAAGCCGCGGGCAGGAUCGUUGUCAAGGUCCAGGCCAAGCUCGCUGUCGAGAUCGAGGCUGCCAUCAAGCUCGCGAUUAAGCUAUUCUUGGGCAAAUCGAUCUUCAUCAGGGUCAGCUUCACCGGUUAUGUCAAGGUCUCCGCUGCUCUCAUCGCCGAGAUCAAGGCUGCUGUUGGCUUGUGCGCCAAGGCCUGCGCUGCUAUCCAGGUUAAGGAGAUCUCCACGAUCAAGACCAUCUGCUCCGCUUAAUUGUGGCAGUAGAAACUUGGCACUUUGUCAGUCUUGUCUAACCUCCUCCCCUUUCCUUUUCCUCAAGCUAUUCUUUUUCUAAAUAAAUAUCGG